AUGACAGUAAAGAGACAAAAGAAGGAAAGAAAACCAAUUAUCCUCAAUGCCUUUGACAUGGCGACUCCUGGGUUACAAAGUCCUGGUUUGUGGAAACACCCCAAAGAUAAGUCACGUGAUUACAAUACAAUCGAGUACUGGACAAACUUAGCGCAAUUAUUGGAGCGAGGCAAGUUUAAUGCAUUAUUUAUUGCAGAUGUCUUGGGACCAUACGAUGUGUAUAAUGGGCCGAGAAACUUAACAGCUGCUGCGAAAGCAGGUGCACAAUGGCCCAUUAAUGAGCCUUCAGCAGUUAUACCUGCCAUGGCGGCAGUUACGAAAAACUUGUCUUUUGCCGUGACUGCAAGUACAAUUUCAGAGGCACCCUACCACUUUGCUAGAAGAUUAGCUACAUUGGACCAUUUGACCAAGGGUCGCGUGGGGUGGAACAUUGUUUCGUCGUAUUUGGAUACUGCGAGUCGGAAUUUGCUCAAUGGUGAGCCAUUGCCACCACACGAUGAAAGGUAUGAGAAGGCACAAGAGUAUUUGGAGGUGAUCUACCAAUUGUUUCUUUCUUCUUGGGCAGAUGACGCGGUUAAACUUGAUGUGAAGAAAGGUGUCUUUGCUGACCCAGAAAGGAUUCGUGAAAUUAAUUAUGACGGUAAGCAUUAUAAAGUUCCGGGCCCUUUCAUUUCCGAACCAAAUCCAUAUCAAAGAUUACCAGUGAUUUUACAAGCAGGAGCAAGCACUAAGGGGUUGGAGUACGCAGCAAAGAAUGCCGAAGCAGUGUUUAUUAAUGGGAUGACUCCCGAAGGGUUAAAAACCAAGAUUGAUAAAUUGAACGAUCUUAUUAAAAAGAAUGGGCGGAAUCCCGAUGAUGUCAAGAAAGUGCAAUUGGUUACUGUAAUUGUUGCACCAACUCAUGAGGAAGCAAUUGAAAAGUUCAACGAUAUUAAACAAUAUGCAGAUGCCGAAGGCGCACAAGCUUUAUUUGGUGGAUGGACAGGAAUCAAUCUCGGUGAAUAUGAAUGGGAUCAAAAAUUGGAUGAAGUUGAGAGUAAUGCUGUAAAAAGUAUGGCAGAAAUGUGGACAAAGCCUUUUCCCGGAGAUCCACCAGAUUUGGAGAAGACUAGAGCGUAUAUUGCUGAUAAGGUUUCCGUUGGUGGUAGUGGUGUGUUGUUUAUAGGGACGCCUGAAGAAGUUGCUGAUGAAAUUGAAAAUUGGGUCGAUAUCUCUGGAAUCGAUGGGUUUAACUUCACAUAUGCCGUUACACCAGGCACGUUUGAAGACAUUGUUGAUCUUUUAGUUCCUGAGCUACAAAGAAGAGGACUUGUUUGGAAAGACUAUCCAAAAGAAGGAUUGUCAUUUAGAGAAAACUUGUACGGUAUUGACCGUGAAGAUGCGACGUACUUGAAACCUGACCAUCCGGCUUACAAUCUUCGGUGGAAAAAGGGUGAAAGUCGCGAAGAGUUUGAAGAGAAAUUAAACAAGGCGUUGAAGGAUAAUUUUGGAAUAGUUUAA